GAAAGUACAGUGUGUAUUUAAACACAUCGAGGAAUAAGAUACAUGAUACAUUUAUUGACAGUGAGAUUAGAUCUUAUCUUGUCCAAUCGGUGCCAUUUAAAAUUGUAGAAGAAGUAUAUUAUUUUAAGUAAAAGAAAAUGGAAGCAGAUCUUUUAGUCACCUGUCCCUAUAAUCCUGCGCAUCGCAUUGCUCAAUACAGAUUUAUGAAUCAUGUAGCUAAAUGCAAAAAAAGCGCUAGAACAGAAAACAAGGUAGAAUGUCCAUUGGAUAGACGUCAUAUAGUAGAUCGUGACCAUCUUAAGGAACAUAUUGCAACAUGUCCAAGUCUUGGAAAAUUGAUAGAUGUGGAUACUGGACAUGUUAAACAAGAAGAAGACUUAAUAAAUACACAAAGGUCAGAUGAAAACUGGGAAGAGGAACCAGAAGUUCCACCUUAUAAUCCAAUGGAAAUGUCAGCAAAUAAAAAAGUGAUACGAUGCGUGCCUGGAUUGUCAAAAUCGGAGAAAAAAAGAUUCAGAGAUAGCGAACGAAAGCGUAUAGCAAAUCUUAAGGAAGGGAUUAAUACUACAAGAACAACUUCAUUAGUAAAAGAUGUGGUACAAGAACUACCAUUACGUCCUCCAUGUACUACUCCUGCAAUAUUUUGUGAUACACUAACUACACAUAGUGACUUUGACAAAAGUCAGAUAAAUGGUAAUCUUGAUGCAAGUAUUCAAGCUGAACCAACUCAUGAAUUUCAAAAUUUAUUUUAUAAAACAUUAUAUGAUAAAUUAGCUCCCGAAUGCAAUGACACUAAUCAGCAAUUGGAACAUUCUCUGUGUAGCACUGAUAUGGCACGUAGAUAUGACACGCGUACUACGAUUUUCUCACCAGAGGGAAGACUUUAUCAAGUCGAAUAUGCUAUGGAAGCUAUAAGUCAUGCUGGUACUUGUUUGGGUAUAUUAGCAAACGAUGGUAUUCUAUUAGUAGCUGAGAAGCGGAAUACCAACAAGUUAUUGGACGAAGUGUUUUUCUCAGAAAAGAUCUACAAACUGAACAACGACAUAGUUUGUUCAGUGGCUGGUAUUACUUCAGAUGCGAAUGUGUUAACAAAUGAAUUACGUCUCAUCGCGCAGAGAUAUCUUCUUCAGUAUGGGGAAGCUAUACCCUGUGAACAGCUUGUCUCGUGGUUAUGUGAUGUUAAACAGGCAUACACCCAAUAUGGUGGGAAGAGACCUUUCGGUGUAUCUAUUUUAUACAUGGGAUGGGACAAAUACUAUGGCUAUCAGUUGUAUCAAUCAGAUCCUAGUGGAAAUUAUGGUGGUUGGAAGGCAACGUGUAUUGGGAAUAAUUCGGCAGCAGCGGUAUCGUCCUUGAAACAGGAAUAUAAAGAGGGUGAGACCACUCUAAAAGAUGCGAUGGCGCUGGCUAUUAAAGUGCUCUCUAAAACAUUAGAUAUGAACAAACUCUCUGCUGAGAAAGUGGAAAUGGCGAUAUUAACACGCGAAAAUGGUAAAACAAAAACGAAAAUACUACCAGCAAAUGAAGUGGAUGCUUUAAUCGCAGAGCAUGAUCGACUAGAAGCAUUGGCGGAACAAGCAAAGAAGGAAAAGCAGAAAUCGUAGAAUUUUAUAUUAGAUAAAAGAAAGAAUAAGCCGAAAACUGUAUUGUGAUGGCAAAGCUUAUUAUAUCAAGAAAAAAUUAAUUUACAAAUAAUUCAAAUCUUUAUAUUAUAUAUUAUAAAUUUUUUCCUUGCCACAGUAAGUUUAUUCUUACCAAUGUAUGAGAACGUCAUUUUCUUUAUAAGACAACACAAUGGAUAAAAAUUUUUCCAUAAAUAUGUGUUACAUAUUAUAUACUCCUUCUCCUUAUAUACUCCUUUUCCUUAACAGUAUGAUUGAGAGAAAUGCCUUUAUGUAAUUACAAUCAUCUAACUUUGUUCUAGGUAUAUAUUCUAUGAUUUAACACAUUUGUAUUAAAUAUCUGUACAGUA